GUAUUCGUCGUGGUGCUGGGUUAGUGCCUUAGUGGGCUUCCCCCCGUGCCGUGCCGUGCCGUCGUGCGUCCUCCUCGGAGCACAAUUACCCGCUACUCCCCUCCUCCGUGCUCGCUUAGUGCCAGGCUAACCGCACCAGGAUCCCGAGAUUUCCCCGGCUCCGGCAGCCCAAUGCUCCUCCCGCUCCCGCGGAUUUCUCGCCUCUGAUCUCUCCCCGAGCCCGCUUCUUCUUCCUCGCGAUUCGGCGCCGACAGCUACUCAGUAGCCAGCCGGCCGGCCGGGCACAGUGCUGCUGGGCAGGCCUGGAUUGGGUUCUUCCUCCUCCUUAGAUGAUGGAGAAUCAUCAGAUCGAGAUGGGGGCUUUCAAGGCAAACGGCCUGGAUGUGCCCAACGGGGUGCUGCGGUCGACCAUGAUCCCGUCCUGGAGCUUGCACACCACCGUGAAGAGAGUAUUGCAGAGCAUCAGGACCGUCAUAUUCACCUCCAAGCUCAACCUGCUCAUGCCCUUUGGGCCUGCGACGAUCGUUCUGUACUACACUACGGAUUGGCAUGGAGUGAUUUUUCUUUUCAGCAUGCUAGGAAUAACACCGUUAGCUGAGCGUCUGGGUUAUGCAACUGAGCAGCUUGCGGUAUACACUGGUCCAACACUUGGAGGCCUUCUGAAUGCCACGUUUGGGAAUGCAACUGAGAUGAUAAUAGCAAUAUAUGCUUUGAAAAAUGGGAUGAUCCGAGUAGUUCAGCAAUCGCUAUUGGGUUCUAUAUUAUCAAAUAUGCUAUUGGUGGUUGGUUGUGCUUUCUUUGCUGGUGGUAUUAUUCAUCGCAACAAAGACCAAGUCUUCAGCAAGGCAACUGCUGUUGUUAACUCAGGUUUACUGUUGAUGGCUGUUAUGGGGCUGAUGUUUCCUGCUGUCCUUCAUUUCACAAAAUCAGAAAUACAGCAAGGAGCUUCUGAGCUUGCUCUUUCAAGAUUCAGUAGUUGUAUUAUGCUCGUGGCAUAUGCAAGCUAUCUUUAUUUUCAACUAAGUGCACGGAAUAGCAGUUACAGUCAAAUUGGCAGUGAAGAAGUGCCUAAUGAGGAUGCCACCGAGGAAGAUGAAGAGGUAGAGAUUAGCAUGUGGGAGGCUAUUGCGUGGCUUGCAGUGUUAACGAUAUGGAUUUCUGUCCUUUCUGAGUACCUGGUUAAUGCCAUUGAGGGAGCAUCUGAUUCAUUGCACCUACCAGUGGCUUUUAUCAGUGUUAUUUUGCUUCCUAUCGUGGGCAAUGCAGCAGAACAUGCUAGCGCAAUAAUGUUUGCGAUGAAAGAUAAGCUCGACAUAACAAUAGGUGUUGCAAUUGGAUCAUCAACGCAGAUAUCAAUGUUUGUGAUUCCAUUUUGUGUUGUCGUUGGUUGGAUGAUGGGGCAAAAGAUGGACUUGAAUUUCCAACUAUUUGAGACAGCAACUCUCUUCAUAACAGUGCUUGUCGUGGCAUUUAUGCUACAGGAUGGCAUUGCAAACUAUCUGAAAGGACUUAUGCUGGUUCUGUGUUAUCUAAUAGUUGCUGCCAGUUUCUUUGUCCAUGUCGAUCCACAAGCCAGCGAUGAUGAUUGACGGCGCCACCAACAACGAACACUGUAAUUACUGUACCAAAUACCCCCGAUGACUCGCUAAUCUUAUUCCGACAAGCCGCCCCCGCUCCUCCUCUAGCAAAGCCCAGCCUGUCCGAAGCAUUAUCCUGACUGAAACGAUGACACGGCAACACCAGAUCAUCGUGCGUUGGUCCCUUUCAUAGCCAAGCUGCUGCGGGGUUAAUCCCUUUGAGAUUUCUCUUGCGAAUUAAGCGAAGCUUUGAGGAGGGGCGCUAUUGGUAGUCACCAUCUUAAUGUAUACAGAAGCAACAAGCCCGCCCGCCCGCCCGCCCUAAGUCUGCUGUAUUCGAUUUAUUGAAUUGAAGAGUUAAGAAGGCCCUUUUUUUUUUCCUUCCUCUGUUUUUCUUCUUCUAUGGGGUGGUUUGUUGGUUCAUCAACCAUACAUAUGCAUAGACAGUCAGACUCACAUACGUGUGAAUAUUGAGACGGGCCAAUUUUGUGGUAUCUUACAAAUUUUUUUAUGGUGGCA